ACGCUCGCGGCGCGCGCCGGGCCGCCAGACUCGGCCUGUGGGCGAUUUCCUCCGGACCCCGGCUCCCCGCCCCAGGAGGAAGAUGCAGACCUUCCUGAAAGGGAAGCGAGUCGGCUACUGGCUGAGCGAGAAGAAAAUCAAGAAGCUCAAUUUCCAGGCCUUCGCUGAGCUGUGCAGGAAGCGUGGCAUAGAAGUCGUACAGCUGAACCUCAGCCAGCCGCUCGAGGAGCAGGGCCCCCUGGACGUUAUCAUCCACAAGCUGACUGAUGUCAUCCUUGAGGCCGACCAGAAUGACAGCCAGUCCCUGGAGCUGGUGCACAGGUUCCAGGAAUACAUCGAUGCUCACCCCGAGACCAUCGUCCUGGACCCCCUCCCUGCCAUCAGGACCCUCCUUGACCGUUCCAAGUCCUAUGAGCUCAUCCGGAAGAUCGAGGCCUACAUGAAAGAUGACAGGAUUUGUUCGCCGCCCUUCCUGGAGCUGACGAGCCUGUGCGGGGACGAGACCAUGAGGCUCCUGGAGAAGCACGGCCUGGCUUUUCCCUUCAUUUGCAAAACCAGGGUGGCUCAUGGCACCAACUCUCACGAGAUGGCCAUCGUCUUCAACCAGGAGGGCCUGAGUGCCAUCCAGCCGCCCUGCGUGGUCCAGAACUUCAUCAACCACAACGCCGUCCUGUACAAAGUGUUCGUGGUCGGCGAGUCCUACACUGUGGUCCAGAGGCCCUCGCUCAAGAACUUCUCCGCGGGCACGUCAGACCGUGAGUCCAUCUUCUUCAACAGCCACAACGUGUCAAAGCCAGAGUCAUCGUCAGUCCUGACUGAGCUGGACAAGAUCGAGGGUGUGUUCGAGCGGCCGAGUGACGAGGUCAUCCGCGAGCUCUCCCGGGCCCUGCGACAGGCGCUGGGCGUGUCACUCUUCGGGAUCGACAUCAUCAUCAACAACCAGACGGGGCAGCACGCCGUCAUCGACAUCAAUGCCUUCCCAGGCUACGAGGGCGUGAGUGAGUUCUUCACAGACCUCCUGAACCACAUCGCCACCGUCCUGCAGGGCCAGAGUGCGGCCACGGGGGACACGGCCCCGCUGAGGCACAGCAGGCUCCCGGCAGAGCAGGCGGGCAGCCCCAGCUUCCAGCAGCAUUGCGUGGCCUCUCUGGCCACCAAGGCUUCCUCCCAGUAGCCACGGAGCCCAGGACCCAGAGGGGCGGCGCGGGCGCGGAGCUCACCCACUGGGCGAGCAGCUCCCCACGGUGAUGCUACCAAGAAUUCCCGACGAUCUGAUUCUUCUUUUUUUUAAUUUUUAACCUGAUUUUCUGAUGUCAUGAUCUAGUGAGGGGUAGGGGAGAUGGAAAGGACAUCCGCCU